UUCUUAAGCUUCCGAUAUAAUUUUCAGUGAAAGGUCUUUCAAGCAACAAGCAAGGAAAAAUUAAGCAAAGAAAAAAUGUUCUUCAAAAAUUUCACUUUUCUCUCAAUUUUUGUGAUUUGCAUUUUUGCUUUGACUGUCAACGAGGCUGAAGGAACCACCUUGGUGCGCAUUAAUACCAGCGAAACCCUUCUUAUUUGGAAAUCAUUUAAAGAAAUGCUUCCCAAUGAGAUUGUCAUCGCUAUCGAUAAUCUUAUGGAGAGCAUUAAACACACAUUACCUCCACAAGUGAUCUCCGCCAUGAAAAGCGUUCUUGAGGGUAUCUUCCUCAUUAUUAAGGAACUUUCCCCCGCAUUUUAUCAUUCCAUUACAAGUAUUAUGGAAAAUAUUCGCAUCAUUAACGAGACCAUGCUACCUAAGAUAAUGACUGUUGUUGCUAAAUACUUGCAAGGCGAACAAGAGAUCAGCAUCAUUUUGAAACAUCUGUCAAUGCUGUUACGCCAAUUGGUGCCUUUCAUUGAGAAUGUUGUUUCUCGUCUUGCUGUCACCGUGUCAUAAAGCUUAAGAAAAUUUAAUUAAAUAUUUAAUUUUUUUUUAUUACUAUUCUCGUUUCUUCUUCAUAACCAAACGUAAUACAUAACAGAAGAAUUUCAAUAAUUAUAAUUAUUUUAUAAAUAUGGUUGUCUAAUAAAAGGAUAAUCAAACGAA